AUGGUUUAUAUAUCGUGCGGAGACUUUAUGAUAGCCAAGCUCGUCAGUGAUCAAAGUUUCAAGCCUGCCUACACGAAAGAGAAAGCAACACGACUAUACCAGAUUUGCUAUAGAAAAUACAGUCGAGGAUAUGUCAGAGCCAGCACAGAAAAGGCAUUUUAUGAAGCAGAUCAAUGCUUUUGGCGUCAAUUCUGGCCAGCUGAGGAAUUUCCUGGUAAGAAAGUGGGGAUUUCACGUAUGAAAAAGGAUGACGAAGCUUUGGAUAAAAAUGAAGCCAUUGUUGUUCAAAUAAAUCAGAAAUCGGACCAAGCAGAAACUGGAUAUCGACAGAAAGAAAUAACAGAAUCACCAUGCCAACAACCUCUUUCCAAAUCAGACGAACCACCAAAGAUCAUUAAACCCAGAGAGCAAUCGCGCCCAAGGCAUAAUGUUGCAGAUAGAGACCGACCAAACACUACAAAUGACAAGAGAGCCAUAGAUUGGGGGAUCCUGACAAUACAACGAAGAGUAGAGCACCGGAGACAACUAAGACAAAAACUCACGGACAAGAAGGCAAGGGCCAAAUUAUCAGCACGAGCAUUGGCCGGACACUCCUCGAAAGCGUCCACAUUAAGCGGACACUCGCACAUAUUGCAGAAAGAAUCAGAAAAAUCCCAAUCAGUGCCUAGAAAGGUGCAAUUGCAGAGGGCUUCACCUACGUCAGAUUUAGUUGCGACGAAUUUGCACAAAGAGGUCUCAAAUCCACGUAGAGAAUCUCGACACUCAUCUGAACCAGUACAAUUUCCAGUCGAGCCUUUCUCAGGCCGACUUCAAACAUUGGAUGAGAUGAUUCAAGAAGAAAUAGAAAUUGCAAUGCAAUUGAGCAUUACGCAUGAAUCCACUCUAGAUACCGAGGAGAACAGAAGUAUACGUCAGAGCAAAGAUGGAUUGGAGGUUGCAAAUGGAGUUAAGAGGGCAUCAGACGGACAACGUCGUUUUUGCUUGAUACUGUAG